GAUGAUCCGUUUGAUAUUGGAGCACAAAUUGUGAGGGGCUCUCUUCGCAGGGCGAGGGCUUUUAAAGACCGCCAGAAUCCGCUGACAUACCCGGACGAUAUUCUCCAUGAAAGAUAUAGAUUCUCAGCCGAGGGAAUUCGUUAUCUUUGUCAGCUGAUCGGGCCAGACGUCUGUAACAUCACCCAUCGUAGCAAUGCCCUGACAAUCGAGCAGAUAAUGUGCCUUGCGCUUAGAUAUUUUGCCAGUGGAGAAUUUAUGUAUUCCAUCGGUGAUGCUGAACAUCUGAGCAAGAAUACUGUAUGUCGUAUGAUUCGCAAGGUAGUACUUGCUCUAUCUAAACUGUUGGAUGCAUUUGUCGUUUUCCCUGGCCAUUUAUCCACAAUGCAAAUCAAAGAAGGGUUUUAUGCAAUCGCAGGUUUCCCAAGAGUAAUAGGUGCCAUUGAUUGCAUGCAAAUCCCAAUCAGUGUACCCCUGGGAGAGCACGAGGGUGAUUAUGUCAAUCGCAAAUCUUUUCACAGUAUCAAUGUGCAGGUAUAGCCGUUCUAUUCGGCCUAUUUCAUAUACCCAUUAUCGUGUAGUCCACUCUAAGCUCACCUUCUUUUCACUUAUU